GUUCUGGUUAGGGUUGCCUGCUCACAUGGUGCUCCUGGAAUUACUUGUUGUGGAUCAGGCAUCUGCAAGAUAAUUGUUGUCAUCAGCUACAGACACAUUCUCCUCCAAGCACAUUGGUCCCAGCUGACCUGGUGGUGUGAACUGUUUUCAUAAGCAGCAGCUCAGUAUGUUGGGGCUUUUAUUUUUUUGUUGGGACACGUCCUGAUCUUUGACUCUCCUGACCAGGCUAAAUAGCUUUGAGAAGAUGAGCCUGUACUCUUCAAUAAGAGAUAUGAAAUUAAGAGAAAAGACAGAUGAGGGGCAAAGGGGGAUAGUUAAAGUGAAACAGAAGCAUGAUCAGAGAAAAAGCAAGAGGCGAACAAAAAGAGAAAGACAGAGAAAAAAGAGAAAAAAGAAAGAGGAAGGGAGGAAGAGAGAUUGGGAACAGAAAUGGGGUAUACCCGUGUUACCCCAGGGAUAAAGGUUUACCAUCUGUUAAAACACAAAUGGAUUAUCCACUCCAGAAAAAAAGGUAUAAUAAUGAAUCUUUCAGUGACAAAUUGUGAAAAUAUGUAUCUUAAUAUGUACAACCGCAAAUUAUAGAGUUGUAAAUAAGGAUAAACUCAAGAUCUGUUAAAGUCAAAUUAAGCAUGUAGAGAUUUUUUCUAGAGGGAGGUGACACUGGGCAACACAGAAAGUAAGAGGAGGAUGGAGAGAGGGAGGGCCAACAGAUAGACAGAAAAGGGAGGACCAAUAGAAAAAGGGAGGGAAAGAGAGAGCGAAAAAGAGAGAUAGAGGAGGGUGGAGAGGAGAAUGAGUCGCAUAACAUUCUGGGAACAUAAAAUAAAAAGAUGGAGUGUACCUUCUCCUGAAAAGGUAAGUAAUGAGGUUAUGACUGGACACAGAGAGAAAUGGAGAGGGAGAGGCAAGGAGAGAUGGCAUCAAGCUGGGAAAAAGUAGGGGAUGUGUACCAGGUUUGGCUGGCUGAAAGGAAAGGAUGGACAGAGUAGGGGUGAAAUGGUACACUGAAAUGGGAAGAAGAAAAGAAUGGAUGGAAGACUUACUGUGAUAGAGGGAGUGAGAAUAUAUAGAACUACUGCUAGCGGGAUGUGGGUUUGCGUGUGUGUGUGUGUGUUCACGCCUGUGUGCAGUUGAGAGGUGUGGUGUUUAUCUACUUGCGUUGUGUAUUCAGGGACAACAGUACUAGGGUACUAUUCUGCUGGGACUUCGUUCAGGUUGUGAAAUAUGAUGAAGGAGGAAGACAAUGGCGGUGAUUAAGAUGCAUCUGUGUAAUGUUUCCAUAUUCUAAAGUAGCCUGUAUGCACACUGUAAUAACAACUGGAUUCCUCUUUUCUCUAUGGCCCUCCAUCUUAUUGGUUCUCCCAUGUUCCCCCUGCCCCUUGCAACCUGUUUGUGUAUUCUUCCCUCUACUCCCUUUUCCACCUCUGCUUCCUUGCUUUCUCCAACAAAACCUCUCCUACCCCCCCCCCCCUCACUGAUUGAAUUCUAUUCAUCUUAUUCAAAGAUUCUUGGAACAAAAACGUAAAAACGCUGAACUGUCAAAUGCCUAUUGUAGUCACUCUGAGAACGAUCUACCUGCCAUAAUUUAAACCAACGCUGUCACUUUCAUGGAAAUACUGAAGCGCUUUUUUCCCCCUGAAGCCAAUUCCUUAUGUAAGAUCCGUUUAAUUAUCGCACAAGGCAAACUAAAUGGAUGUGGGUAAAAACAAGCAGUACUGUUGCACAUGAUAGACUUCGUUGUCAUGUUACGAUGUGAUGGUUAAGCUAGGCUAAUGUAACUGACCUGAAAGGACCUACUGAUCUCCGGAACGCAGCUGAAUAGUUAACACCGUCCGUUCCGCGCUCCUGAAGGAGGGCGUUGUCUUGGACUAGUCAGGCUGUGCAUUUUCAGUAAGUACCACUGAGACGGAGGGAGGACAUUACUCUUACCAUCAACAAGCUGGAGAAUUGAGACUGUGGCAAACCCACAGAGAUCAGAAACACGCAUCCUCACACACAAACGGAUUGCAAAAAAAAAAAAAACAUUGUGCGGGUCAAAGCGACCAAUUAUCAAGCAAUAUCACUUUUAGACGCUAAUCCCUGACGAUUCCAGGAGAGAGAAAAUGUGCCUGGACGGAUAGCGAGCAGAGUCACUACAGGCCUUCAGACCCAGAGAUGAUUUGCUGUAAUCCUCAAAGUGUAGGAUAACAACUGGCCCAGACUUCUGUGACCUCUCAUCCCACCACCUCCUCUGUCUCCUCCUCGGUCUCCUUCUCCUCCUCGGUCGCCUUCUCCUCCUCGGUCGCCUUCUCCUCCCACAUCUAAACCACUCUGUUCAACUCAUUAUAUCUAACCUCCGAGCUGUGAAACGUUCUCUAUUCCCCGUGGCACAGACACACAUGCUGACUGGAUUAACGUCUCUGCUUAUGGAAAUCAACAUGAAGAUAACAUAACCUGACUGGCAGAGAGGCCUUGAAGACUGAUUCUCCUGGAUACGGACUGAGCAGCCAGAUGCUACUCCUGAUGGGUCUGGAGGCAGUAGGCUGUUAGGCAGGCCAGGCCAUGCUGCUUCCCGCACCUUCGUCCUCUUCCAUGCUGCCUCCCACUACUGGGUGCCAUCAUCAUCAUCAUCCAUACCGUUAUCUUCAUCGCUCACCAAUGCCACAGGAAGCAAGGUGGCUCAGAGGGGACAGGCUGAACCUCUGAACUACUACGGACAGUGUGGACUGGGACUGGGACUGAAAAAACACACACCAACACACACACACACACACACACACACACAGUCAAAAGGUCCUCACUUUCCCAUCUACAUAGUGUAAAAGUCCUCACUUUGAUAGCAAUUCAAGUACACACAUACUGGGACUGACAUCAAACACUGACACACACACACACACUGCCAUCACACCCACACUAAACACACACAUACUGAGUCACACACUGACUUGUCACACACACACACAUUAACAGCCCCAAGCUUUGGAACUGACAGAAGAAGAUAGAAGACACAAAGAGACUUGGCACUGUGAGAACGACGGCACCAUGGCUGCAGAGAGUCUGGCCGAGCUCCGCGAUUGGCUCUUUCUGAUUCUCCUGUGCUUGACUCUAUUGGCUGAGAUGCUGGAGUUGGCGGCGGCAGCAGCAGUUGCCUUGGAGGAGGGCGAAGAGGAUGUCCUGUGCCCGUCUGUCUGCCGCUGUGACGAGGGCUUCAUCUACUGUAAUGACCGGGGCCUGAGCUUGAUCCCUCCGCUGCCGUUAACGGCUACCGUCCUCUACCUACAGAGCAACCGGUUGGCCAACUCCGGCCUGCCGCCCUCACUGGAGCGCAGCAGUAGUAUCCGUGUGGUCUACCUGUACGCCAAUCAGCUGGACGAGUUUCCCGUACACCUGCCGCCGUCGCUACGGGAACUGCACCUGCAGGACAACAAUAUUCGGACGUUGCCGCGCACAGCGUUGGCCCGGUUACCGCUGCUGGAGAGGCUACACCUGGACGACAACUCCAUCUCCACGGUGAGCAUCCAGGAGCGCGCCUUCUCUGGCACGCCUCGGCUCCGCCUGCUCUUCCUCUCGCGGAACCACCUGUCCAGCAUCCCGGCCGGCCUCCCCGCCUCCUUAGAAGAACUCCGCCUAGACGACAACAGGAUCAACACCAUCCCCACGCACGCCUUCCGGGGACUAGCCUCGCUGCGGCGCCUCGUCCUCGACGGAAAUCUCCUGGCCAACACGCGAAUCGCAGACGACACCUUCUCCCGCCUGGCCAACCUCACAGAGUUGUCGCUCGUCCGCAACGCCCUGCAGACCCCACCCGUCAACCUGCCCAGCGCACACCUGCUGAGGCUCCACUUGCAGGACAACGGGCUGACCCACGUGCCCCGGGGGACGCUGGACGGGAUGAGGAGGCUGCAGAGGCUGGACCUGUCAGGGAACAACCUGACCACGCUCCCCCGGGGGCUGCUGAGGGAUCUGGACAGCCUGGAGCUGCUGCUCCUCCGAGGGAACCCCUGGUACUGUGGCUGCAAUCUGCGCUGGCUCCACGCCUGGCUGUACGGCCGCGGGGCCGGGGUGACCGUACGGGGCCUGACCUGCCACACGCCAGAGGAGGUGCGGGGCCAGGCCCUCAGGGACCUCUCAGGGCUCAUGGACCAAUGUGAAUCCCCCCUGGGAGGUGUGGGGGUGAACACCGUGGGGGGCAGAGGAAGUGUUGAUAUUGCCGCCGGCACAACCAGCGCCUUGCCUCCCACCCAGGGCACUCUGUUCACCCUCAGAGCCGUGCGGCCGGGCCUGGUGAUGCCGUUACCGCCGGGGGUGGGCGAGGGUGGGGGGCAAUCCCCAAACCACGACCUCCAGAUCACGGUGAAGCCGCUGUCUGCCGACAGUGCGCUGGUGACGUGGCUGUGCCCGCGGCCGGCUUCGUCCUUCCGGCUGUCCUGGCUCAGGCUGGGCAGCAGCGCUGCUCUGGGCUCCAUUACGGAGACGCUGGUACCCGGGGACCGGCAACAGUACCUGGUGAACCCACUCACUCCACGCUCCCACUACCUCAUCUGCUUGCUCCCCCUGCGCACAUUCUCCUCCUCCGGAGGGUCACAGAGGGGGCAACAGCAGGAGAAGGACGUUACAGACGAGACCCCCGCCUGCGCUCAGAUAGAGACAGGGGACGCUGGGAGCCCCGAGGGGGGAGACAGGGCUGGCGAGUCCGAGCCAGAGAUUGCCGCCCUCCCGUUGGCCGGGAUCAUCGGCGGGUCCACGGCAUUAGUCUCUCUCCUGCUCAUCUUCGGCAUCUUCUGCUGGUAUGGCCAGCGCGCCGGCUACGUCUCCGGGGAAACGGACUCUUACGGGGUCAGAGGUCAGCGUGGGGUCGGUAAGCCCUACGACGACUACGUUGAGUCAGGCACCAAGAAGGACACCUCCAUCCUGGAGAUCAGGAGCCCCGGCUUCGCCAUGACGCCAAUGGCGACUCAUCAGCCACUGCAGCCCAAAGGAGGGGAGGACGUCACCUAUGUGCACACCAUCUUCCCCUCGUCGCAUGGCAACGGCACAUACCGGAGCAACCAGGGUCACAACGGCAUCAUCACCCAGCUGGGUCACACGGCGGGCUACGGGACCAACAGAGGUUACCGGGAGCAAGGGAUGAUCCCGGAUAUAGACUACACCUAUACGUGAUGAACACCUCAGACACUUUUCUCCCAACCGCCGUCGGCCGGACACCGUUCUAAGGACACGGCUCUAGCCGGCGGUUGGUCGGUGGGUUGGUCUCUUUGGUUCCAAAGUACCCUCUGUGCCUCCUCGGUUCUGCUCUGAAUCUGAUUGAUAUAUUACUUAGUUGACUGGCUUGGGCUGCUGUGUUUGUCCCCACCGGGCUGCCAUACUGUAGAUGUUAGCCGGGUGACAAAAGUGGGCUGCUGUGUUUGUCCCCACCAGGCUGCCAUACUGUAGAUGUUAGCCGGGUGACAGAAAGUGCCAGUCGAGUCAUACCUCGCUGGGUAUUGACCUAUGUUUCCAAUGCUUCUCAUGUACAUUGUUUUGAGAUCUCUGUAUCUUUGAAAGCUUAUGUACUCUUCUUCUAUUCCAGACAGACAGGAUUUGAGGUGGAUGUUUAGGUGUAGGCAACAUUUAUAGGGAAAUAUAUACGAGACAGAAGUACUUUUGUAUAGAGAUAGCUAUACUACUACCACCUUCUGCUGUAUGCACUGUGUAGAAACAAGGGAAAGGGUUUGAUGGUAGUCAUAACAACCUACCAACAACACAUCAUGACUGACUGACAAAAAGAUAUGUUCCCAUCUUAGUCCCCUACUUUUCGCCACUUUUUUUGGUUUUUUUACUUCUCUGUUUCUUUUGUGCUGCAGAGAGAGAGAGAAUACUUUGUUCUAGCUGAGAGGAGCUGACAGUUGUGAUAACUGCUCUGACAGGGACAGAGGCUCCAACUGCAGCACAGCGCCUCCCGCCGCCAGCCCGCCUGGGGACUCUAAUGAGGAAGACAGGGGGUGAGAGGAGCAGAGGGGAGUAAGAGAAGGGAGACGAGAGGGAUACAUGGAGAAAGAAGGGUUUUAUCCAUUAUUGAUAUUUUAUUACGGAAAGGGGCAUAAUGUGUAAAAAAUGAACUAAUUAAAUGUACCCCUCAUUAAAGAGAUGAAUGGUCAUUACAAGGUUAUGGAAGAAAAUUAUGAUAUUUUUGGCUGGGAAUUUUCCCCCUCCCAUAAGCACCCCGCUUUUAAAGAAGGGAUCAUGUUACUUAAAGCAUGUCAUGACAAUAUGGAAAGCAGGUGUGUUAACUAGACAAUCAGAAAAUUGACAGUAAUCAAAUGGAAUAUAUCAAUCCAAAGUAGUUUUAGCACUAAGGCUUGGGGGGUGGUCUCUGGCCAGUAUCCUCCGCCUAGGGCUGUUCUUUCUUAUGCAUGACGCAACAUGUGCCUGGAUACAGCCCUUAGCUGUGGAAUACUGGCCCAUUAGCACAAAUCCCAGAGGUACCUUACUGCGAUUAUAAACUGGUUACCAGAAUAACAGUAAACAGGUUGUUUUGUUACAGACCAGUGGUCUGAUAUACCACUGCUUUCAGCCAAUCACAAUCCAAGACCCGAAAUUACCCAGUUUAUGAUGUUCCACAGUCAUUGAUCAUUUGCGCUCCUAGGUUGUGCUGUUAAUUUCUGAUAGUUUCCAAAACACAUGAAGAUGUGGCAGUGAAAGCAGAUAUGCAGUUUGUUGACACUACAACACAGUGUAGACAUGUCUAACGGAUGCUAAUCAAUAAAACGUCUGUUCAUUUAGUUGCCCUGUUUUGCUUUCGUCCAUAGAGAAUUGUCUGCGGCGCUCUUGUAUUAUCAUAUAACCAACAAUUUAGAAUAAAGGCGCUAAUGUGGCGUUCUAAAACCUGACCAAACUCUCUUAAUACAUGGCUCUAUCAUGAUCUACUCAUUGCUACGAAAUGUGAAGCUAUCAGGAAAGAUGAAGACAAAGGCUCGUGCGUUUACACUGACAGACCCAUUCACCCCUCAAAGUCUGAACAGCAAGUUGUAACAGCCAUAGUAACUCAGUAAUCAGCUAUCACUAUGUAGCCCUCUAUUAUAUAGCUAUUUAAUACCUCCAUGUAGAUCAGAGUCAUUUAGAUCUAGUGAGCUAAUCGGGGCACAAGUGGGAUGCAGCAGUUCCAUAGUAAUCAGGGAUGACCCACACUCCAUCUCUGCACUCUAAUCACACACACACACACACACACACACACACACGGCUCUGAAGCAUAUCAGUCAAUCUGUGGCAUGUAUGAGAACGACGUGGCCUCUUGUUCUAUCCGAACUGAAUAGAGAACAGUGGGGGUGUGGGGUUGAUAUUGAACUGAAGAGAAAGACCUUGGUACAGAGUCAUAUAGUAUGAAUAUGAGGUUUUAAUAAAACAUUAUAAACACCACUUCAGCCCUAUUGCUUCCUCCCCCCAUCCAAAACAGAACUGGGAGGAGAACUCCGGUGGUAGUGAAAAGCUCCAAAGCCUUCUCUAUGUCUUAGAAGUAACCUUUUCCCUAAAUCCUCUCAGCUUUCAGAAAUAUUAAAAGUUGUGUGUAUAAAUCUAAAUGGUUUGUUUGGUUGGUUUCGUUUUUCUAUGCCAAUAAAAAGGAAUUGUUCAACGGAAACUGUCUUCAGGUGAGUUUUAUUGGAAGGCGGUGGAGGGCUGUUUUAAAUGUUGCUGUAGAAAUGUAAUGCCAUCAUAUUAGAUGGAAUCAAUGUUAAGUCGACAGUAAUAUAGCUAUUAUACGGCGGGGUAAUGUUUAUUAAAAUAUUGUCUCUGAAAACACAGUGGCUGAGUUAACACUGAGGUAAUUAAGCAACCUUGGUAAGCGACUCCCUAACCGUGUGUUU